GCCUCUCCAGGACGGUCAUUCCGAGCAGACGUCGAUAGGGAGAGGUUCUCACCGUGUGAAGGCUCUUGGAAGGAAGAGGAUGAUGAACCCUGCGAUGAUACGGAAGCCGGCCAGCAUUAUCCCCUACCUGUACAGCCCCGGCGGGGGGGCGCUGCUGACCACCAAGGACGGCCAGGCGGUGGCGUACACGGGGCCGCUGGAGAUGCAGAAGGACGGCUGGGAGCGGCAGCUGCAGGGCUACAACAUGGGCGGCUCUCUGCCCUCCCCGCAGUCCGAGCUGGACGAGGACGAGGAUUAUAUGGACGCGCAGUCGGACUCCCGGGGCUCUACCUCCCCUCCGCUCACCCCCACCUGCAUUCCCGACCCCCUGUACACGGACACCCGCGCCCUGCUGCACACCUUCUACAGGGAAUGGGCCGGAGACGUCAAGGAGGAGGAGGGCGGCGACAGCCCGAAGGCGCUGCCCACGAUGCGGAGAGUGGGGAGCGAGAUCAACGAGAAGCACAGAAUGGCCUUUCAGGGCAUGUUGCAGAAGCUAUCUAUACAACGUCCAGAAGAUAUCCAGAAGCUCACCGAGGUCCCCUCUAUGGUCUUCAGCGAUGGGGUUACCAAUUGGGGCCGUAUCGUCACCGUGAUAAGCUUUGGUGCCUUUGUGGCUAAACACUUGAAAAGCAUCCACAUGGAGAACUGCGUUGGUACCCUAGCGGACAGCUUCACGGACUAUCUUAUGACCCAGAAGAAAGAAUGGAUCGUAGAGCACAAUGGCUGGGAUGGCUGUGUCGAAUUCUUUCACGUCGAGGACUAUGAAAGUGGACUAAAAACAGUCUUGAUGGCCUUUGCUGGUGUGGCUGGUCUUGGAGCAAGCCUGGCGUACAUGAUCCGGUGAACUUCUCUUAAGUUUGUUUUUAUAAACUUUCUUAGUAACUGGUGAUCGAACACCAUUUACUUUGACCUGAGUUGGUCUAGGUAAGUGGUCAGGACAGAAAUGUCCCUCCCAACACCGCCCUUCUAGACCAUCUGCUGAGAGGGUCACUAAGCGGAGCUGCUUGGGCUUGCGGCUGUACUGAGGAAGAAAAGGUUUUUUGUUUUUUUUCUGUCUUUAACAGACUGUACAUUGUGAAAUCUUUAUUUUUUUUUUCUCUCCCUAUAAAUAAAUAUAUUUUCACAAAAUGUGUGAAAAAUUGUUUACCAGUACUCAGUGCUCGCUGUUUUAAAAAAAAAAAAAAAAACCCAUUCAGAAACUUUAAAAUUGGGUUGUAAAUACUUUAAAAGAAAAUGUAAAAAUUUUUGUAAAUGUUGUACAAAUGUAUACUCGAGCCGUGUACAAAAAAUUUUGUACAAAACUUUUUUUUUUUGUAAAAAAAAAAAGCACAGAAAUAAAACCAUCUUUAUCGGCCACUGUUGGCCUAAAUGGAGGAGCCCCCAAGGCUCUUGUGUUGAGAAAUGCACUUUUUUGUCUGAAUGUCAGACUCGU